GUUUGUUUAUCUAAAUUAUCUAUUAUACCCAAUCUGUGUGAACAUAAGACAUUCUCAGCUCAUAGAACCAAUUUAAGCUAUCAUUCCAAGCAACCUCAUAAAACCCAUAAGUGCUAAUUGAAGCUUACACCCACUUUUACAUUUCAUUUCCCAAAGGCAAAUUGUGGGUGGCUCAUCAUAUGUUUGCAAUAUCAGAAGCUUUUGUUGACCUGGGAAGAAAUAAAAAUUGGGUCUUUGAGGAGGAUAAACAUGAGGGGAGGUGUGUCGGUGGUGAUUGCGGUGGCUCUGUUACAGUUCUUGGCGGCGCCGACGACGGCGUCUGCGGCCAAUGUGACAUAUGAUCACCGUGCAUUGGUCAUUGACGGCCAACGGAAGCUUUUGAUCUCCGGCUCCAUUCACUAUCCUAGGAGCACUCCUGAGAUGUGGCCAGACUUGAUCCAAAAGUCGAAAGAUGGAGGUUUGGAUGUCAUCGAGACUUAUGUUUUCUGGGACUUGCACGAACCAGUCAGAAAUCAGUAUGAUUUCGCAGGUAGGAAAGAUAUUGUAAACUUUGUGAAAUUGGUCGGACAAGCUGGUUUAUUUGUUCAUCUAAGGAUUGGGCCUUACGUCUGCGCUGAAUGGAACUAUGGUGGAUUUCCUCUCUGGUUGCAUUUUAUGCCCGGCAUCGAACUUCGAUCCAACAAUGACGUAUUCAAGGCUGAAAUGCAGCGGUUUACGACAAAGAUUGUUGACUUGAUGAAACAAGAAAAUCUCUAUGCAACCCAAGGAGGCCCCAUCAUAUUAUCUCAGAUUGAAAAUGAGUAUGGUAAUAUUCAAUCUGACUAUGGACCUCGUGCUAAACCAUAUGUCCAAUGGGCAGCCGCAAUGGCAACCUCUUUGAAUACCGGGGUACCAUGGGUUAUGUGCCAGCAAGCAGAUGCUCCUGAUCCUAUUAUAAACACUUGCAAUGGGUUCUACUGUGACCAAUUCACCCCCAACUCUAAUAAGAAGCCCAAAAUGUGGACAGAGAAUUGGACUGGAUGGUAUCUUUCAUUUGGUGGCCCUUUGCCAUACAGACCUGUGGAAGACAUUGCUUUUUCCGUGGCUAGGUUUUUCCAACGGGGUGGAACCUUCCAGAACUAUUAUAUGUACCAUGGAGGAACCAACUUUGGCCGAUCCUCUGGUGGGCCCUUUAUUUCAACAAGCUAUGAUUAUGAUGCUCCACUAGAUGAGUAUGGGCAAAUAAGUCAACCAAAGUGGGGUCACCUGAGAGAUCUGCAUAUUGCUAUAAAGCUUUGUGAAAAGGCUAUGCUGGCAACUGAUCCCAACAUCACUUCCCUUGGCCCGAAUUUGGAGGCCAGUGUUUUCAAAACCGAAUCGGGACUGUGCUCUGCCUUCUUAGCUAAUCUUGAUACCAAAUCCAAUGCUUCAGUGACUUUCAAUCAACAUUCUUACCAUUUGCCAGCAUGGUCUGUAAGCAUCCUACAUGACUGCACGCAUGUGGCAUUUAAUACAGCAGAGAUUAACAUCCGUUCAAACAUCCCAAGAUUUGGCAACAAGGCUUAUGUUGCAUCAGCAACGAGUUGGAAUUGGCUAAAUGAGUCUGUGGGAAUUUCGAGUAGUAGAGCCUUCACAAAGAACGGGUUACUAGAACAAAUAAGCACCACAGCUGAUCAGAGUGAUUACCUCUGGUAUUCUACUAGCACUGAAAUGAAAGCUGACCAGCCUUUCCUCAAAGAUGGAGCGCAAACACUUCUCCAUGUGCAAUCACUUGGACAUGCCCUCCAUGUUUUCAUUAAUGGAAAGCUUGCAGGCAGUGGAAAGGGAAGCAGUAACAAUGCUAAAGUUACCAUAGAUGUCCCUGUGAACCUUGUAUUGGGAAAAAAUAACAUUGAUCUCUUGAGUUUGACGGUUGGACUUCAGAAUUAUGGAGGACACUUUGAUUUAAAGGGAGCAGGAAUUACUAGUCCAGUGCAGCUCAAUGAUUCUAAAAGUGGAAUGAGUAUUGAUCUUUCCUCGCAACUGUGGACAUAUCAGGUUGGUUUGAAGGGGGAAGAGUUGACGCUAUUCAAUGGAGAUUCUCCGGUUUGGGUGACAAGGUCUACUUUGCCCAAAAACCAACCAUUAAUAUGGUACAAGGCCACCUUUGAUCCCCCUGUUGGGGAUGAUCCGCUUGCUAUAGAUUUCACAGGGAUGGGGAAGGGAGAGGCAUGGGUGAACGGACAAAGCAUUGGGCGAUAUUGGCCAACAAAUACUGCUCCAAGUGGUGGUUGCACAGACCCUUGUGACUACAGAGGACCCUAUACUUCUACCAAAUGCCUCAAAAACUGUGGAAAACCCUCUCAAAUCUAUUACCAUGUCCCGCGUUCGUGGUUGAAACCAAGUGGGAAUAUAAUCGUGUUAUUUGAGGAAGAGGGUGGUGACCCCACAAAGAUAUCUUUUGUAACAAGAGAGGUCGGGAAUCUAUGUUCUGUUAUUUCAGAGUCGAUCCCUCUCGCGGUUGACAUGUGGGAAGAAGGGGGGCUAAAGCAAGCAGGGGCCAAACUGUCACUUGAGUGUCCUCUCUCUAACCAUGUGAUUUCUUCAAUAAAAUUUGCAAGCUUUGGCACUCCUCAAGGGACUUGUGGGAGUUUUAGCCAUGGUGAUUGCAGUAGCACCGAUGCUCUUUCAAUUGUACAAAAGGCUUGCAUUGGAUCACGAACUUGCACCCUUGCAGUCUCGAGGAGUAUAUUUGGAAACCCGUGUGCUGGAGUUACUAAGAGUUUAGCCGUUGAAGCUUCAUGUGCCUAAGGCACCAGUCAUGCGUAUAGACGGUGUAAAUGUAGUGUUUGCCCAAACAGCAGAAGCAAGAACUUGUGGACAUCAAAUACAAAACUAUAAGAAUAAUGUUAUCUGGACAUUAAAUUUAUACUUUUACACAUUCUUAUGUGACACACAUUUAAUGGAUUAGAUGACGAUCUCAUGUAAAUUUUUCAAUAAUCCCAAUAAUAUGUUCCACAUGUGUGUGAAAUAACUGUGAAUGUCUUCCUAAAGUGUACAAAUUUAAUGUGAUUGAUGCCGUUUCGGAAUGAAUG